AUAAACAAUCCGCGGUUUUAAGGUUUUGUUAUUGUUAUUGUUUCAUGUAAUAAAAUGUUUCUUGAAACUCGUUUUAAUUUUAAUUAGCUAUAUAAAGAAAAAUACAUAGCUGACUCAUAGGAUCAACCCGCUUUAUUGAGUUCAUCCAAAUUUAAAAUAUGGCUAGUGGUGUUGAUAAGCCGGAGGGGCUUAAUAAGCCAGAUGCAAAUGCACAGACAACCACAGAAAAACCUGACAGACCAGAUAACUUCCUGAAGCCGGACGAAAAGACACGGACAUCCACAUUCAGAGAAGUAUUCAGUGACUUCCAACGCUUUCUGCAGACAGAGCAAAGGGACAUAGAUGGCAUGUUAAAGGAGGAUUUGAAGAAUGUUUAUAUUGGAGAAUACAGCCAGUAUCGGCAGCAAAUCAGUCCUGAUCAGAGCUUACCAUCAUUCUUUAAGCUCUUCAGGAUUCUAUAUCAGCAAAAUAUUGCUCAUUUUGAAGGUGAUAAAAUAGUUCUUGGGCCAAUGAAUGGUAAAACUGUGAAAAGAGUUAGAAAUAAAGGCAGAAAAAGUAAUGAGAAAAAAGCAAACUUAAGCCCAUUUCGAGAACCCGUAAACCAGCUAGCAGCUCCAGCUGAAGGUGUACAUGUACAGACCCCAGCAAAUGAACAGUCAACACAGAAUUAUAGUAAAAAACAUUUCAUGAACAGAAACAAGUAUGCUGUAGAUCAGCACUUGACAUUUAAAAAUGGUCUCAGAAAGGUGGUUGAACUACCUGAGUUUGAAGGUGACAUUGCUCUAUGGAAGCAUGUGGGGAAGACCUUGAACAACAAUGUGUAUUUCUGUACUGUGUGCCAGUCAAAGUGUAACUCACUGCUAGAUAUGGACCAGCAUGUAAACGGCAGGAGACAUCGACUAGCCAACUCUAUAAAAGCUGUCAAGUCAAAGAAAAGAGAGCUUGUGACUGGCAUGGCUGAGGUGCGGGUGUCAUGCAAAAAGACAGACAAACUUGAAAUGACAGGAGAGGGGGUGCUGCAGAUGAUGGUGCGGGAAGGGGACACAAUGCUGGCUGACCUCGUUCUGCAGAAUGUCAGUACCGUGCCUGUGGAACUGGCCCACUGUGAGAUGAUGAAGAAAUGCCGCGUGUUCACACUACAAGACAGCAGUCAUGUCACUGAUGGCAUGGGGAAAACUGCAGUUAUACGGCCAGGACAGAGUUACACAGUGACAGUGCGUGCUCAGCCCCAGCACUGUGGGAGCUACCACUGUCCAGUCAUGUUCCACAUGGUCGCCCACCACCCAGCAACACCCCAGACAGGCUACAUCCUGCGCUACCUCCACUGCAGGUGUAAGAACAGCGUGUUGGAUGAACUCCAGCCAACUUCGGAAUACAAGAAGCCACCUCGCACCAACAAACUGAAGGGCAAGGCUUUAGAGGUUGUGCCUGGCUUCAAGUUACCCAGCUGGUCUGGAGACUGCCUCGAGAGAAAGUUAGAGCUAGGACAGUACUCCGUGCCACCAGAUGACCGCAGGAUGAUCAACCGAGGGCUUGCGAUCACUGAUGGACUAACUGAACAGGAAUGUCUUCAGAUAGAGAGGCUAAGGAAUGAGGUGGAGAGUGACUUGACCAUGUCAGGUUACGUGCGGAGAUUUUCCAGCCUGCUCUUCUUUGAGGAGGUACAGAUGGAGGUGGAUAUCCGAAGAUACGACAUGGAGGACGUCCAGCUUAGACCAUAUCCUGCCAACAGAAGGCUACUACUAUUGCAGGUUCCUGGCCUGUGUGAGAACCGUCCAUCUGUGUUGCGUGGUGACUGGCUGUAUGUGCGGAACCGAGACCCUAAUGGACAGCUUGGGACCCGGGAAUACCAGGGAUUUGUACAUGACGUACACCAGAAUGAUGUUGCUCUCGGCUUCCAUAACAGUUUCCGCGACUCGUAUGUGGAAAAGCAGAGCUAUAAUGUUCGGUUUGUUUUCAACCGUUUGCCGUCCCGCCUGCAGCACCGUGCCCUUCAGUUGGCAGAUGAGCUCAGUCUGGGGCCCAUACUGUUCCCGGAGGAGCAACAUAUAGCAUCCCCUACACCGCUAUUACCCAGUCUCAAGUUGUACAACUCUGACCUGGAGAGGAAUCAUGAGCAGUUGUGUGCGGUGCAGCACAUUGUGGCUGGGACCUCGCGGCCGGCGCCCUACCUAGUGUUUGGUCCACCAGGAACAGGCAAAACAGUUACCAUAGUAGAGGCUAUCAAACAGGUAUGGAAGCAGUCACGUGGGAACCGUGUGUUGGCCUGUACCCCAUCCAACUCUGCAGCAGACCUGAUCACCAAGAGGCUGAUCAAGCACAUACCUGCCACGGAGAUUCUCCGGCUCAAUGCCGCCUCACGCUCCCUCAGAGCUAUACCUCAAGAGAUAAGGGUGGUGUGUAACUAUGACAACAGCCGAGGUCAGUUCCAAUUCCCAUCAAAGGCCAUCCUGAGCGAGUACCGUAUUAUUGUCACCACUCUUGUCACAGCCGGCAGACUGGUGUCGGCAAGUUUCCCGCCAGGCCAUUUCAGCCACAUCUUUAUAGAUGAGGCUGGCCAUGCCCCAGAGCCUGAGGCUAUCAUAGCUGUUGCUGGGAUAAUGGAGGUGAACCCUGCCUUGCGCACCGGUGGACAAGUUGUCAUUGCAGGCGACCACAAACAACUGGGGCCUGUCUUGCGUUCACCCCUGGCUAUCAAGUAUGGACUUGACAUCUCCCUGUUGGAGAGGUACAUGGACUGCUGUCAUCUGUACAGACCCGUGAUCGACAGCGUUGGACACAAGAGUUACGAUGUGCGUGUUGUCACCAAGCUUCUCAAUAACUACAGAUCACAUCCCGACAUCCUUAAACUGCCCAAUGAGCUCUUCUAUGAAUCAGAGUUGAAGCCCUGUGCAAGCAUAGACCGGGAGAAGCUCUGUCAGUGGGCAAAGCUGCCUGUGAAGGGUUUCCCAGUAUUAUUCCACGGGGUGGCCGGGGAGGACAUGCGGGAGGAGAGGUCGCCCUCAUUCUUCAACCCCGUCGAGGUUGCCGUGGUUACUAAGUAUGUGGAAGAGCUACUCGCCUGUCGCACAGGUGGCAUCAACCUCAAACCUGCAGACAUCGGGGUUAUCUCCCCUUAUAGGAAGCAGGUACAGAAGAUCCAGCAGGUGUUACGUAAGAAGCAUUUGGAGGACGUUUCCGUGGGGUCCGUGGAGGAGUUCCAGGGGCAGGAGCGUACCGUUAUCAUCGUCUCUACCGUCAGAUCUAACCCUCAGUACAUGUCCCUAGAUAUGACCUACAAACUUGGCUUCCUGAAAAACCCCAAGAGGUUUAAUGUGACGGUGACGCGUGCCAAGGCGCUGCUGAUUGUGGUGGGUAACCCCAAUACCCUGGGUGGUGACGAGUACUGGCGACAGUUAAUAGAAUACUGUGAAGACAAUGGUUCAUAUGUUGGCAUCGAACGUGAGAGGCAGGAGGAGGAGAUGGAGGACCUCAUACAGCGCCUCCAAGCCAUCGAUCUCAUAGAUGAGGAGUUAAACAUGAUUCCUGAAAUUCAGAGUAACUACAAUGAACAGGCGUGGAGGUCUGAUCUCUGACGUGGAGGUCCAAUCUCUGACGUGGAGGUCCGAUCGCUGACAUGGAGGUCUGAUCUCUGAUGUGGAGGUCUGAUCUCUGAUGUGGAGUGCUGAUCUCUGAUGUGGAGGUCUGAUCUCUGACGUGGAGGUCUCAUCUCUAAUGUGUUUUGGUGGAGAAGUGGUGUCUGUAUUAAUCAGGGACAGUUUAGCAAGUCAACAGUGUCAUCAAGAUGUACUUUGUGCCUUUGACACCUUCGUAGAUUUCACAAGUGCCUUGAGAGUCUACUGCAGGUAUUGAGUCUGGCGGUUCUAUUACCAUCUCAUGAUCUCCUUCUUAGCAGGUAUCCAGUGAAUAUGGAUAUGAUGAGUGUCAAGUGUAGUUAUUGUUGAUGGUAGUUUUGUCUUAAAGUUUUAGUUUUUAUCUUUUUCUUGUGGGGAGAGUUUCAUUUACCAUUUUGUUAAAAACCAAGUACUGUGAUAUCUAUUUUAACAAAAGCUGGUGAUAGUGUUCUUGAAUCUAUUAAUGUCACAUUAAUUUGAUUUGUGAUGAAUUAUUUUUAAAUUGGUGUAAAGAAAUUGUUUAUAGAAAUUCAUGUCAUUUGGUUAUACAUAUCAGUAUAAUAAUUAUGUUACAGUAAUGAUAUUGUCACAUUCAAAAUUAGUCACAUUCAUGUAAUUGAUCUGAAACAAAUUGAGUUUUCAUUCAUUCACAUGAGUUAAAUAAGUAUAUGUAUGUUUUUAAGUGUUGUUCAAUUUUUUUUCAAAAUUAUGAAAGUGAAUUUAAUUUGUCACGGAGAGAAAUUUAACCAAUGAACUAUUUAUUAAAGUAUAAGUACUUAAACAAAUGAAUUAUAGGUUGUCUGUUUUUUAAAAAAAACAGUGGAGGUAUUGUCAUAGCUUCAUGUCGUCCGUAAUGUGUAAAAACUUUUACUUCAGCCAGAUAUUCAAAAGAAACAUGGCAUACAUGUUUCUAAGGAUAUUAUGAACAUGUAUGGCAAGGCCCAGAACUCUGGCUGUAAUAAUUGUGGAGUUAUAUCCAUGUCUUCACUGUAAAAUAACAGUCAUGCAUAGGCACUCUUGUCUUCUUGCAUGAUCAUGUAAUGUUUCAUAGUUAUAUGGGCUAUUUCAUUUCAUGUCAGUAUGAAGCAAUAGGUAAAUAUCACUUUAACAGUAAAAAUCUUACUACAGUGUAUAACAUAAAAGGUUGUAUCAUGAUUUCUUUAUGUUAGUAAUUUCUGACGAAAAAUUGUUUUGUUUGUGAUUUUUUUGUAAAAAAACAACAGAGAGCCUAUUUUUUGUCAGAUAAAUGGUAAAAGCCUUAUAGUUGAUUGAUACACAAUUACUGGUAUGAUAUAUGUGUAGACCUGCCAUAUUCCUUGAGGCUAUUUCAAGUUUGUAAACAAGAGUCUGUGUUUAAACCAUGGGUGCUUCCCUAAACAAUCCUCAAAGAGUGCUCAGCCUGUUUCCGAAUAUGAUAGUGAUCCAAUGGGGUCCUGUCAUGCUGUUCGUCUGCUUCUGUCCCGCCCAGUCUGAUCACGUGCUCGCCUUUGGCUGUACUUUGUUCCCUGUUGUCUGUGCACUGGUCCAAUUUCAUAGAUCGAUCUCCACUAACAUAAUAGCAAUACAUAUUAUCUAGCUUGAGUAAAAGGUGCAUAACAGAAGAAAAGGUAGCAACAACAACAACAACAAAAUAUUUUGUAGGGCCUGUAACCUUUAAUCACACUUGUUUUGUAAGAUGAUUACCGUCCCUGAAGAAGUCUCUACCUCCUUGGCCGCUUUAUCCAUAUCAGACGUUGCCCUUUUCGGUGACUUUAACAAUCACAUGUUCACACAACAAGCACUUGUAUAUCUGACUCUGCAUGAAAAUAGCUAAUUGAUAACACGAUUAAAAUAAAUAGCAAAUGUACAUUAUGUCUUGAACAUCCCUACCAGUGCUGUUAUAACAGGUUUUAUGAAGUAAAUUGUUUAUCUGCUUGAAUACAGGAGUAGGGCAUUUUGACAAUUGUUGGAGCAAUAAACGGCUACAUCACAUUGUUAACAUCAUGUAUAAAAGUAUUCUAUCAAGGUAGUACAUGCCUUUGAUCAACAUUUCAUCAGUCUCAUAGGUUUUAAGUAGUGUGUAUGCUGUAGUACGGAUCUGUUCAUUUUGUAUUCCAGACGCAACACUAUUGCUGGACUGGUGAACAACCAGCAUUUUAUCGUGACAUGGUAGGCCAGAUUUUUUGCAAGCAAAUAUUAUUAUUGGACACAGCUCAAAAUUUUUUUGCUCGAAUGAUAAUUUUUUGCAUGCGUUCAUUUCUUAAUCAAAGGUUCAUCCAUCUUUGAGCAAAUUUCUUUUUGUUGUUCCAUUGCAUUCUUUUCUUUGAUCAAGUUCCCGAAGAAAUCUUCAAAAGCCAUGAUGGUGACUGCCCUUGUUGAUGCCUUUUUCAAAAGUGGGAGGUACAAAUUGGCAAUUGUUUUAAAGCCGCCUCUGAUGCUAGCAAUACCAUUGUCUUCACAGCAAUCAGUGCCAUUGCCGUAUGUUCCCCCAUGUUACUGAUUCUGUGUGAAUCCUGGACGAGCCUCCUAAUGAAAGCUCCUGAAGUCCAGAUUUAAUAGAUGAAACAACUCUUCAGUCAAUUUGGCGCAUUUUAUCCACCCAACAUGGCGGAAGUUCUGUGAUUAAAAUAAUGUUGCAACAUAAUACAUCGAACAUGGCUUGUUUACCAAGCACCAAAUUUCUAAAUAGACAAAUUUAUUUAUUGGCAACAAUGGAAAAGUAAUUUGAGAUGAUCAAAAUGUGAUGGUAGAGUAAAGAUAUUUAAGAAUAUUAACAUUAAAUAGAAUUUGCUUAUAUAAAUAGUGAUUGAAAAGGUCUAUACUAAUGUCAGAGACCUAUUUCUAAACAAAUAUUUUUUAACAGCUUGAUAGAUACCACAUUAGAAAUUGCAUAAAGAUACGAAUGUAAUAGCUGUUGAAAAAUUUACAACUAUGUAUUAGCUGUACGCUAGUCAAAAACAAAUAUUAAACUGGGUUUCUACUCAAAACCUAUUUCGUAUGUUUCUUGCAAAAAUAUUUUGCAAAAGGAACAUGUGCUCAUACCUUCGCAAUAUAAAUAUGAUCUCUUUCACCGCUAACUUACUCAGGAAAUGGUAUUCUGAGUUCCUAAUAAAUAGUAGGAAAUUCUGAUAAAUAUAGGGUAUAUAUAUAUUGGAUUAUUCUAAAAUACUUCUUUGUUCAUAGACUUUUAUGAAAAUUCCAGGAAAUAAAGUAUUUAUGUUACUCGUCAUCACUAGGCAUUUCAUAUGGGUAUAUUGUGAGUAUGUGACCAUGACCAUGACCUUUACCUUUAACCUGAAAAAUAAAGCAUUUUUUUAUGUUGACAUUUGCUUUGCUCAAAUAACUACAAAAAUGAUCUAUUCUGACCAAAAAAAUCUCAUUCAUAAUAAAGAAAUAAUUGUGAUUGAAACUUGACAUAUAUUACCCAUCAAAGGCAGCCAGAAUAUAUCAGACAUACAGAUAAUAAUCCUCAAAAAUAACUCAUAAUUUUUUGCUUAACCCAACCAAAUGUUUUUGUUCAAAAUAGUACAAAAAGUACACAAAUGAGGGUCCAAUUGUAAAUAUUAACACAAUAAAUACUAGCUGUCAUAGUAGGGUUUAGUUUGUUAUUUUUUGUUAUGGUUCCUGACCGCUGCACGGAAAUGCUAUUUAGUGUGGUACCACAUAAAACAGUCUGUUGGGUAAAUUGCCAUUUCACAUUGUCUGCAAUACGUCCACACCACAUGGUCUUUGUGAAACUUUUUGUGCAGUAUCCGACUUUUCAGUAGCGGCGGCCUGUCAGUCAGAUUGCUAUUACAUUCGCCCAUUUAUAAAUAUGUCACUUAAUGCCUUAUCUGGUUCCUGCUCUCGCAGUACAUGAUGUCUAAAUUAAUUGGCUCGAUUUGCAGUUUUGAAUAACUUGUUGCAAUAUUUCCAUGUCAGCAUUUGUGAAGUCACGGUUGUCAGCAAGUGACCAGAGUUCCAUCACAAACUCAUCCAAUUAUUGUGUGUCAUUUUGUUUGCGUGACUGGAUAUUGUAAAUUUCCAUAUUAGCAUUCUUCUGGGGGGCAAAAUAAUCAUUGAUUACUUUUCUUGUUGCCUCACAUGUCAGAUUCGUGCCCCUCUUUUCGACGUCAUCUGUUAUUUAUUAAAUGAUAUUAUCCCUGAAAAUAUGAUCUAGCACUGUGGAUACUGUUUAUAAAUGGUGUUAUAUAACAUUUAGUUUUAAUAUUUAUGCAAAUUUUUGUUAAACACAGCAUUCAAUCCUUUCAAAUAGACAUGGACAAGUCAAAUGCUAGCACACCGUCCAACAACAAUGUAUGAACUCCUUAAUUGGGGAUGUAGUCUCGGUUAACACUGAUGGGGCACUGCAUCUGCCAUAUUACUGACCAAUAUCCGCACAUGUAUCCUGACCAAGGAAGUGCAUGUCCCUCUCCAUUUUCUUUUAUUUUUAUUUUGCAAGAUGGGAGAAAAUCUAUUUGAAGUUUUAGCCAUUGUGUAUUGUAAACAAUGAGUUCCUGAAUAAUAUAAUUUGAUCAAACAAAGAUAUGUACAUGCAUCAUAUAUCAGUAGUAAAACUGUCAACAAAAUGAAACAGUACUUAAGACUAAUGGUAAUGAAACAGUGUUUAAAAAUUUGAAGUAUAUAUAUAAAAUUAUAUAUAUAAAUAAUAUCAGUAACAGUUUAUUUUAAGUUGAACUUUAAGUUAUAGUAUAAAACUAAGAAACAACAUAGGGAAUAAAGAGAUUAUUAUUAAUAAAGAAAUAUUUACCCCAGAAAUUAAAUAAUGUUUCUCUUAUAAUGCCCCUUACAGCAGACUUACACUUGGACAUAUGGUUGUGCAUUACUAUGUUGAAAGAUUCUAACUAUAAAAAGAUGAAGGCAAUAGUGGUACCAAUACUAUUUUAGUCCUUGUUUUAGUUAAGGGCUAUUCCUGUAAAGGUAAUACAAUCCAGGAAGUUCUGUCAUCAGCGUGUCGUAUGAUGGCUUGUUACAGUGUGCUUAAAUACCAACCCCAUUCUGUGGGCAAGACAAUGGAUAAUCACGUUGUUAGGAUGUGACCUUGUCUGUAGUGCCGCAGAGCCCGAGACCCUUGGGCAAGAACUCCCUCUUGGUUCAAAUUAACCCCUGGUGGGUGGACCGCUUCAAGGGGCAAUUUGAAUCCUGAGACCUCAUCCUCCCACCCCCUUCUAGGUUAACCUCUAAAAGGUCAGCCCAAACUGGUUCCAUGGGAACCUCCCGUACUUCCGGGAUGGGGGUACUGCUCCUGCUCAUCGGGCGCACCUCCUAGACUUGCCUACCUUCCCCUGAGACAUCCAGUUCUUAUAAUCGCAAGGAGACAUCCAUCAAGCCGGGCCCGAUUUCUGUCAGCUCAUCUCUAUUCUCACUUCCAGCUGAUUUCGGUACUGAAAGAACAAGUGUGGACCAACGUAUAUAAUAACCUUAUUUUAUUUUAUUUUUAAAACAAAAUUACAAAUUAUGUUUCAUUUUUAUGAGCAUUGACAUUACAUUAUAUUAUAUGAAAAUGCAUAUGGUUAAUACUAUAAAACCAUCAAUAAAGAGUAAGGAGAUGUAGCGUUUUACUUUUACCCGUUAAAUCAACAAAUUUAGAAAUCAAGAAAAAUUUAGAUUCUCUGACUUUCUGGUCACAGGUGCAAUUGACUGUAUAAGGAGAGCACAACUUGAAUCGUUUGUUCAACAUCCAGCCCUUUUAUGCGGUCCAAAGAACAUAAUAGGGAAAGUCUGUAAAUGGUUUAUUAUGUCUACCAAUGUAAUGGACAUUGCUCAUUUUGAUUGUUAACUGCUUGUAUUCAACUUUCAGUAGUUCAUAGCAUUUGGUUUUAUUUUUUCUUGAGGUGCAGUUUCCAUAGCAUGAAGGUGCACAGUCACUUUCAUGUGGGUUGUUGUCACUUCAUGAGUCUUGAUUGUAUCAAGUCUCCGGUUGGAACAGCCCACUCUAAUUGAAAAUGUGGUGUGUGUGAUUUUGGUGUCAAUGCUCCACUUGCAUUUCUUGACAUGUACUUGGUAUCGAACAGAAGCCACGGAUGAUUUGUUUGCCAUUUUGGCAAAAGUUUCUUUCCCUCUUAGCUUCAUAAUCAGCUGGUUUUGCACCUGGCAUAUAUUUCGAGGACAUUAUUUAUAGGAAUCUUACGCUUCAACGAGAAUCAAUUUGAAUUAAGUAUUACAAUUUACACAUAAAAAUGCUACAAUUAUUAUUUUUAUCAUUAAUUUUACGAACAACUUCUUCUGAUACACAGGCAUACAUCUGAGGGAAAUGGCUGAGGUAUUCUGAUCACAUACACCUUGGUUAUAAAAGCAUUGUAAAUGUAAUAGUAAAAAAUGUUAUAAAAACAUUGUAAACAUAGCGGUAAAUAACGUAAUCAAAACAAAUAGCCACAUUAUUAGUUCUUAAACAGUUUUGUUUCGAUGAGAUUUUUAAUCAACUCAUUGGGGCAAUUUAGUUGACAUUUUUGAAAAGCGUCCCUUCCAUCCAAAUUAGGAAAAGGAUGUGGGUAUCUCUAAAGCGGCUCCGUUGCUGUUAACCAUAUCCCUACAGUCGUGCAGGAUGAUUCAGCUGCAGGGCCAGUCCGGCAACAGCUACUUUACAAGGCAAAGGAUAGCUCUAUUUAGCCCACCCUUUCAUCAUCAUAAUCUUGUUAUUUCUCUUACCUUUAUCAGUGUCUGAUAGCAGGUACUCAAAAUGUCAGUGGUUUUCACAUCUUUGUGCCAGUCAUAUGGCACAUUUUUGGCAUCUUGAGAUGCCCAAAUUUGGAUUAUUAGUGGUAGAGUUUUCUGCAUUUGUAUUGCACAUUGAAAGUAGGCUUCUCUUAUAGUCUUCAAGGAUGUCCUAGCUACUGGAUUGCCUUUGCCUCAACUCUUCUUAACCUCCUCUUCUUCUAAUCUGACAAAACAAUCCCACAGCUAUAGAGUACAUUGGCUUCGUUUUAGAAUGUGUCUUAGCUUUCUUUGGAGUAAAAUGAAACAGCCCAUAAAUAUAUAUACAUCAUGCAAAACUGUACAAUGUUUUACCUUAUUUUAUUUUGUACCAUUAACUGAUGUAUGGGAUAGAGUUAACUGAUUGCCAUGAAAUUCUGAUAAUUUGGGCCCCACAAAAAUAACUUCACUUUUAACAUUUCCUCAAACCCCUCCCCCAUUCAUAUGAGCUAUUAUUCCAGGCCCUUAUCACAUUCUGUGAUAGCUGUAGUUCUGCUUUUGUUUUCAAUGUGUCAAAAACGUUUUGGUAGUUCAUAGGAAGUAAAACAAAUCUAAUAGAAUGGUAGGAUCUCAUUUUAAGAAGAAUAUGUAUAUGAUAUUAAGCCUUUGGAAAUGCUUCCAUUCUCUGGAAAUAAGACUGAACUGCUUUUUUGAACACCAGAUCAAAUGUGUGCUAUUUCCUUUUUUAUUCUCAAAUUGGCUUCUUGCAUAAUCAUAGACGAGCACAUGCCUAACAUUAACAAGUUGGUAAAAUUCACUCUAGCUGUAAAUUCCUUCAUAUUGAAAUGAACUUAUAUUAUGCAUUGAUAAGACCAUAAUUCAUUGUUUAAGUGAAAAUAACUACUUUUAUUUGAUGUGUUUCAUGCUUUUCAUGUUUGUGUGAAUUAUGAAAACGUUUCAUUUGAAAUUUUCAUUUUAUUUGUAUGUACAUGAAUUAUUAUUUCAAUGAAAUCCUUAUGCAUAGUUUUGUUUAUGCAAUUAUAUUGUUACUGGUAAUGCUCAAAUAAAUUGACAGAAACCACA